CUUUGGUUAGGGAUAGGAAAGUUUCCAAUAAAAUUUAUUGAUAGGGAAUAAAACGUGCAAGUUGGGAAACAGAAAGUCUUUUAUGAGAGGCGGUGGGGGCGCAAGAUAUGAAACAGAGGUAGGGCGGUCGAAAGGAAAAGAUGGCGAAUCAGGAGAUAACUUGCGGCGAUGACGGGGGAUACCUGCCACCGGUAUAUGAAAAGGUAAGAGGGGAAGAUGGACGCUAUAUAUGGAAGCGGUUGGAUCUGAGGGGUAGGGGACAACAACACGCUACGCCGCCGCCUGUCACCAGCCCAUACAGGCUGGGAUCAACCAAGGGAUGUUUCAGGAAAGGCUAUCUCGCUCCGUUGUCGGAGUUGCAAGAGCUUGACUACCCGUGGGGAGGUUACGUCGGUGUGGAAAAGCGCUUCUGCCGCAAGUAUUCUUUCGAAGACGACGAAUCCAAAUUUGACCCGAGGAGGUUUUACGGCAGAGAUCCCUGGGAUGUGCCGGUUGAAGAACCUGAAGUGACGUUCGAGGAAUUCAUGAGAUUCCUGAAACAAGUUCGCGAGAGCAAGGGGUACGACGUCGACUGCCAGGUUCCCAUCUGCUCCAUGGGGCGUGGCAAUAUUUUCAUUCCGAUCACCGAUCUCCCAGAAUUGCCAAGCACUGACCCUGAUUUUUACCAGGACGCGGUGCUUUCACCUGUUCUGCUCGCAAUCCAACACAUCAAUCAAGCCACGGGUAAAAAUUAUAAGCUAUUGGAGAUUACAAAGGCUGUGGAGACCUCAACAUACAAGGUUUAUGUUACUUUCACUGCUAAGGAGGCCGAGGAGGACGAUGAGGCUGCGGCACCAACUACUUUUCAAGCUAUUGUUUGUACGCCUCCGGGUUCAUGGCCCAAAGUGGGUCCACUUCUCGAGUGGAGGUUUAAACCUGAUCUCUCAUCUUCUACUAGCUCAUCAUUAUCUACCUAAUUGCAUUUGGAUUGUCAUGAGUUCAACUUCCUCAAUGUCAUAAGUUUAUUAUCAUGUGUUAUACAGUUAUACUAAAUUGAUUUCCUUCACCGAAACAGGAAUUUGACCAUGAAAUUUAUACCCAAACAGGAAUUCGACCAUCAAAGUAUCAAACAUCGUAAACCAAAACUGAUUUUCUCUAUCGUUCUUUAUACGGUUAUUCUCAUCUUCUACUAGCUCAUCAGGGCUUAAGUUUGUAUUUGCAGCCAAUAUUUAUGACCAUGUGCUAUACCAUUGUACUGUGUAAUGUUUUAUGUUGCCGUUUAUGUAUUUGAUUGUUUAAGAAAAAAGUACUAGGC